CAAAUAUUCCACUGUAAUUGCAGAAUAAUCUAUAUCGUACGGAAGAACUCGGAGAAUGUUCGUUGCGUGGUUGCAAAAUGAAUUCGGACUGAGACCAGCAGAUAUUCUCGAAAGUGGACUAGACCUGACAACGGUUGGAAUUAGGUUGCAGGAAGACUUUCUUCUAUAUUUGGAGAAAAGUAAUUAUUUGGAAAAACUGAAAGAAUAUUAUGCCAAACAAAUCAAUGGUUCACUAAAGAACAGCAUUUUACAACCCGUAAACUUCUAUUUACCAAUUGAUAUGGAAGAUCUGUUGAGUGUAUCAGGUGAACAUUUUACAAACUUGCUGUUUCAUGAACCACACAUUGCUCUUUCUAUUAUACACAAAGUGAUAUAUACUGCUCUACAUUGCAUGGAAAAUACACACAUUGUUUUACCAGGACAAGUAAAAAUUGUACUGCGACCUUCAAAUAUAUUGCGUAAUGUCUCUUAUUGGGACUAUAGUGCAGAAUAUUGUGGAAUAUCAACAUUUCAAGGAGUUGUAAUAUCACUAUCAAAGCCACAUAAGUAUACCCAAAGUUCAGUUGUCAGAUGCCAGGAAAUAAAGUGUAUCAAUUCAAAAGGUUAUUGUAUGCCAGGUGUCAUAAACACAUCAUACAUUCAUUGCAACCUCUGUGGUUCAAAACUAAUAGAAGAAUUUAGGUGUAGAGAAACAGGAGAUCAAGUUCUUGCAUUGAUGGUCAACCCAGAAGCAUAUAAAUUUAAUCAGCAGCAUCUGUACAAACGCAGCCAGGCAGUGCUUGUCUGUUUUCAAGAUGAUCUUGUUUGCAGUUUACAUCUUGGAGGCUGCUAUAACGUGGUAGGGCACAAACAGCCAAAAUUCUUUUAUGCAUGGAAUAUUGAAGAAGUGGUUAAUUUGUAUGGAGAAUAUAAUACAAAGAAAGUUUAUUCAGCAGCUCUUCCAAAACAAAUUUCAUACUUGUUGGACCUAUUGAGGAGCAAUGACUGUCAUUCACCAUGGUCAUUUGUGACAGCACUUGCUUCACAGAUUGCAACAGACAUCUAUCCAGCCUCAGCACUUUUGCAUUUAAAAAUGGGAAUGCUUUUAAACCUGGCAGUUCAGGGAAGCACUCAGAAGAAGCCAGUACACCUGUUGGCAAUAGGAAGAGAUGUGCUCUUAGCGCAGCGGUUCCUGAGGCGAGGUGGGCAACUGGGACAACGUUACAUUGAACACUUUUCACCUGUUUUUACCUGUGCUGUUAAUGGAAAUACUCGUGUGGAUGAGCAAGGUCUCCAGUGGACUGAUGCCGGCCCUCUGACGCUGGCUAAAAAAGGGGUAUGCUGUCUAGGUGAUUGGGCAAAGUUUUCUCAACACUCAAAGCACACACCCAUUGUUUCUGCCAUUGAAACUGGACAAAUUUCAUUCAGACAUCAUGGAAAUAUAACUGAAGGGAUGCACACGAGUCCAUUAGAGUGUUCUGUGUGGACAUACUGUCAGCAUUCUCCUUACAGUUCAAAAUUCUCAGAUCAGAAGCAGAUUAGAAUGCUGAUUAACAUUUUUGGUAUUCCGUAUCUGUGUGAUGACAGCAAUGAAACAGUGGAAAUUUGUCAACACAUUUUAAUGAAAUCAAUAUUAAGAACUGAAAGUAAGGUAAAUAAUGACGACUUGAGAGAGGUAAGCCUGCAGGACUACAAUGUGGCACAUUUUUAUUGA